AUGGUGAUGGCCAAUCAAGCUGAAGGGGCCGAGAACAAACCUGCCGGAGUAGCCAACAAAGGAUACUAUAAGCCUGAGGAUAGGAAGGUGUGGGUGUGUGACCACUGCAAGAAGAAGGGUCAUGGGAAGGACAAGUGCUGGAUCCUUCACCCACAUCUCAAACCGGCCAAAUUCAGAACUGAAGGAAGGGCCAACUACUCGGGUGACAUUGGAGAAACAUCCAACCGCUCUCAAGCUGUUGAGGAGAAGAAGCAGGGCCAUGAUGAUACCAUCAAGAAGUCUGACAUUGAGGCUCUCAUCAAAGCUCUUAAGGAGUCCGGUAACACCCUUGGAACUUCUCUUAAUGCUACUUAUCACACGCCUAGAGGUCUCUUUACUUCUUAUCAAGUAGCUCACCAAACUGAGAGAGUUAAGCCUUUAGUUAUAGACUCAGGCGCCUCUCACCAUAUGAUAAGUGAUGUUAACUUGAUUAGUAACAUAGAACCUGUGAUAGGAAAUGUGAUGAUAGCUAAUGGUGAUAAAAUUCCAAUUAAGGGAGUAGGAACACUUAAGCUGUUUGAUAAAGACUCUAAAGCUUUCUACAUGCCUACUUUUGCCUCUAACCUUCUUUCUGUAAAAAGGGCUACCACUGAUCUAAAUUGUAAUGUCAUAUUUAGCCCUAAUGAAGUUGUGUUUCAGGAUAUUGAGACUCUUAAGUUGAUUGGCAAAGGUGUGACAAAGGGAGAUCUCUACCUUCUUGAAGACGCCAAGACUCCUUCUUAUUUAUCUUCAGCUUUUAGUUCAAUACCUGUCUUAGAUCAUGAUGUAUUGUGGCAUGCUAGGCUAGGCCAUCCUCACUCCCGUGCACUGAACUUGUUGUUACCUGAUAUUUCUUUUAAAAAUGAUGGCUGUGAAGCUUGUAUCCUUGUCAUGACAGCAUGUUAUCUGAUCAACCGCACUCCAACCAGAAUCCUUGGUGACCUCACACCAUAUGAGCCAGAUGGACAGAGAAACAAGCUUGAGCCACGGAGCACCAAGGCAGUUUUUCUUGGCUAUUCCACUACCCAAAAGGGGUAUAAAUGCUAUGUUCCAGAGGCCAGGAAGGUCUUAGUCUCCAGAGAUGUGAAGUUUGUGGAAUCCAGAGGAUACUUUGAGAAGAAAAGUUGGGAUGAGCUCAAAGAUCUCUCUCAACCUUCCUCGGACAGAGCAGACACACUAAGGCGGCUUAUGCAGAACUUGGGAAUCAGUUUGUUUCCAUCUGCUGGCACUCAGGAGACUGGAGCUGUUCCGGAGACAGUGAGAGCUCCACAAGAUUCUACCACAACCCCACAUCCUCAUCCUGAUCCUGAAUGGGGGAACAACAAUGAUCAUGAGGCUGAGAGCAAUGAUCCUAAUGUUCAUGAUCCGGAUGAGCAGAUGCAGCAAGAGGCUGACCAAACCACUGAUGUGAACUCUGGAGGAGUCGAAUCAAGUGGACAAGAAGAUGUACAAGAGGUGCAGCAGCUUAGGAGAAGCACAAGACAGAGGAAACCGGUUUCAAACUGGAACAACACUAGAGUAUACUUCAACGCAGAGGCAGUAGCUCAUCCACCCAGUGCC